UAUUUGACUUCCCUGAGCAUGUUGAAUCGAAGAAUUUUAUCCCAAGGUUUCAGCUUUUUUAUCUAUAUUUUCAUUUUUUGCUUUACAAUCUGUCUUUUGAUAUUCUCUUCAAUAAAGUGGUAAUUAAAAGUGUAUCGUGGGUUCUACUUGAAAAUGGUAAUUUUUCAGUAAGAAACUUCAGGAAAAGUUAGAACAGCUAAGUCUUUCAAAAGAGAGCUUAAUCUUCAAUGAGCAAGAUGCUCGACACUCGAGACGACUCCUCUCAAAUUUGGAGCAGCUGAUUUUUGUGGGUGGUGUGCCGAGAAGUGGGACUACUUUGAUGAGAGCUAUUCUAGAUGCACAUCCGGAUGUUCGAUGUGGCGGUGAAACCAUGCUGCUUCCAAGUUUCCUUACAUGGCAAGCAGGCUGGCGGAAUGAUUGGGUCAAUAAUUCAGGAAUUACUCAGGAAGUAUUUGACGACGCUGUUUCAGCAUUCAUCACUGAGAUAGUCGCGAAGCACAGUGAACUAGCACCUCGUCUGUGCAACAAGGAUCCAUACACCGCAUUGUGGCUUCCGACUAUUCGCCGACUGUACCCGAAUGCAAAGUUUAUUCUGAUGAUUCGAGAUGCUCGUGCCGUAGUUCAUUCAAUGAUAGAAAGAAAAGUACCAGUUGCUGGGUAUAAUACGUCUGAUGAAAUUUCAAUGUUUGUUCAGUGGAAUCAGGAGCUUCGAAAAAUGACUUUUCAAUGCAAUAAUGCGCCAGGGCAAUGCAUAAAAGUAUAUUAUGAACGACUGAUUCAAAAACCUGCGGAAGAAAUCCUACGUAUCACCAACUUCCUGGAUCUGCCAUUUUCCCAGCAAAUGCUAAGACAUCAAGAUUUAAUUGGAGACGAAGUUGAUUUAAACGAUCAAGAAUUCUCUGCAUCACAAGUUAAAAACUCGAUAAACACUAAAGCCUUAACCUCGUGGUUUGAUUGUUUUAGUGAAGAAACUCUACGAAAACUUGAUGACGUGGCACCUUUUUUGGGAAUUCUUGGAUACGAUACGUCGAUUUCAAAACCCGAUUAUUCCACAUUUGCGGAUGACGAUUUUUACCAAUUUAAAAAUUUUUAUUCUUAAAGUUUUGCACUGUAACCUAUAACUUUUAUAGAAAAUAAGAUGUCCAAAGUUACCUACAUCAUAGAUUGUUAUUAUUUUAUUUUUAUCUAUAGAUACAACUGUUAACCUACAUCAUUAUCAUUAUCUCCCAUUGUUUUCAGAUAGAGGUCAAGGUAACUUUCUAAUUCUCCACACUCUCUGCAACACUAUAAAAAAGAAUGCGCGCACGCACAAAUGUCCACUAUUCCGCCGGACACGGCUGCUUCCUGCAGCUGUAUCGAUUUUUCUUUUGUCGUUUUUUUCUUUUCGAACAGGAUUUUUGAAUGCAUUCUUCUAUAUUUUUUGAAAAAUAA